AUGCAAUGUAAUACUGGUGAACCGUUUUUGUUCUUUAUUGAUAAUACUAAUAAAAAAUCUAACCAAAGCAACAUUGGACCAAUCAUGAUACCAAACCUAUGCACAGAGAUUGUCAAACAUACAGAAAGUAUAUCCGUUUGUAACCUUCGUGCUAUCAUUUUACCUAACCAUAUUUCGUCAGAAAAUGAAUUCGAUUUCACCAAAUUACAACAUUCUGUUAGACUUCUUGUAAACUCAUGUGACCGAUCAAUCGAUCUAACAUCUUACCUAUUGUCAGAGUGUGAAAUAGUGAAUAAGGGUGAUCGACCUAUUGCAGUGGGUGUCAUUGGAUUGGCAACAUUGUAUAAAAAACUCAGGUACUCAUGGAAAGAUGAAAAAGCACGUGAACUCAACAAGAAAAUAUUUGCAAAUAUGUACUAUGCUGCAUUAGAUGAAUCAUGCAACCUAGCACGUGAGCAUGGUCCAUAUGAUAACUACGAAAGUUCAUCCUUAUCAAAGG